CUCCUAACCGGAAGUUACUGUUGAAGCUAAGGUAGCCAUAGUUGACAAUGGCAGCAGAAGUUUCCUGGCUUCCGGUCUCCAACAUGACGUAGAUUUUUCCUUCGCCUAAUGUCACCGUUACCCCGGGCAACAGCUGAACGGUCUGGGAAGGGAUGCUUCUUUCCUUCCGUAGGCUUCAGUCAAGAACUCCGACAUCUUGAUAUUACCAGAUUGAAUGCUGUAACAGCAAGAAAACGACCAGAACUUUCAGGAAAAAAACAUACUGUAUCCAACAAUUCAAAUAUGGCCGAACUGAAGUCAAUGUUCCGGGAAGUUCUUCCAAAACAAGGGCAGUUGUCUGUGGAAGAUGUAACCACAAUGGUGCUGUGUAAACCCAAACUCUUACCCUUAAAGUCUCUGACUCUGGAAAAACUGGAAAAAAUGCAGCAAGCAGCACAAGAUACAAUUCACCAACAAGAAAUGGCAGAAAAAGAACAGCAGCAAAUAACCCAUUGAUGAAAACUUAUCAUAGGGAACCACCCUACCUUGCCUACUUACCUACCACUUAAUAACUAGAAAAUAUUUCUGUAUCUGUAUGCUGAAAGUGGUAUUUAAUAAAACUGGUAACAUUCAUGUUCAUAUAAAUGAAAAUAAAAUCCCCAAGAUUGAUAAAACUUGUGAAUUUAAAUAGUGAUUUCUAUUGACCACAGUUAAAACUUUGAAUUUUCUUUUACUUGUUUUUAGAAUUGCAAAUUGUUCUUCAUUCCUACUGCUAUCAGUUUUUUAAUUAUUGACACAAGUGACUGAUUUUUAACUUUUAUAUACAAAAGAUCUUUACAUGUUUAUUAAAUACUGGAAUUUGAAGAUACCUUCUAAUCUCAAAAGUAUUUAUUUGGGGCUUAUACAUUACCUAAUUUAAAAAUUUUUAACCAAUUGUGUGUACCAUAUCAUGUUUAAUACUAUCUUUCCUGACCAGAAUGAUCCUACCAUAACCAAACUGGUUUCUUCACCUAUUCUAUAAUCAGCUAGGCUUUUAAUUAUACUAAUUUUAAGGACUAAAGAAUUACAUUACUACCUUUAUCGUCCAGCUAUCAAACCCAAUUAAAAGCCUGAAAUUGCUUAUGAUUAUAUAAGUCUGAGUAAUACAGGCUUGAAAGACAUGAGGUAAAAAGCUGUACCUAAAACUGUUAAUAUGUUGCUAAGAAUAGUCUUUGUAAAUUAUUACUAAAAAAAAUCCUUGGUUUGCUGCAGUCAAUAGGCAGUUUAAAUUAUUUGUAGACAUUGAGGCCUUGUUGAGCAAUUACGCUCUGUGAAACAGAAAUAUGAUCAUUCUUUAGAUAAUUAUUUAUCGGCAGCUAGGUUUUUUUUUUCCCCCAAACCAUCGGUAAAUGUAAAGCUUUCAGUCAUUGGAGAAUAAUUUUGUGUAAGCAUACCAUUUAUUUUAUAUAUAUAUAUGUGUGUGUGUGUGUAUAUAUAUACACACACAUAUAUAUACAUAUAUACACAUAUGUAUAUAUAUACACACAUUAAAUUUCAAUAAGCUGUAGAUAAGAUCAAUAAAUUAUGCAUGCAUUUUUCCCCAUUAUAAUCUUAAAAGUAUUGUACUUUUGACUUAAAUAUUUGCAAGUUAAAAAGUUUGUGAAGAAUAUAGCUUAAAUUCCAUAGCCCAAAUGUACAUCCUUGUAUGGUUUGAUAUUUGCUGCAUGAAAUUAGAAAGGGUUUUAUGUUUUUGUUUUGCUGUGCUGAGGAUCAAACUCAGGGAUAAGAAAUUUAGAAAAUUUUUUAAAGACCAAAAAUAAAUCUACUCCCAAUAAAGAAUCAACACUGCUUCA